UGCACAUCUUCAUAAACGCACGGAGAAUUUCUUUACCCCGGUAUGAUGACACGCGCGUCGCCGACUGACGAGGGGACGGAUGGAAGAACCACGCCUGCGUCAUGACACAAGAAGACGACGUGUGCGAGGAAGCAACCAGUGCGAAUGCUCGAGGACGAAGCAUACUGCCCCUGCCCGACGCGGUCAUCGCUCAGGUCAAGUCUUCGACAGCUAUUGUGUCGCUCACUGGAGUGAUACUGGGCCUGUUGAGCAAUUCUCUAGACGCAAAAGCAUCGAGCAUCGACGCUACAGUCGACUUUGCGCGUGGCGGCUGCACGAUUGAGGACAAUGGCUUGGGCAUAUCCCCAGUCGAGUUUACAGACGAAGGCGGUUUAGGAAAGCUUCAUUGCACCUCCAAAUACUACUCCCAUGAUACUCUCCUCGGCCGCAAUGGUGCCUUCCUCGCCGCGCUCGCCGCAAUGUCUCUUAUGACCAUCACCUCGCGCCACCAUGAAUAUCGCUCGCAUAACUCGAUUACGUUCCUGCACUCCAAAGCCACGGAGAGGCGAUUGCCAGCUUCUACGAACCAACAAGUGCACAGCAAGCAUGGCACCCGAGUCACGGUCCGGAACUUGUUCGGGAACCUUCCAGUGCGGGUCAAGCAGCGGUCUAUGGUCACGGAACAAAAGGCGGAGGUGGAUCGAUUGUGGCACAGCCUCAAGAGACAUGUGACAGGUCUACUACUGGGCUGGGGAGGCGUUAUAUCUUUGAAGAUCCGAGAUGGCGACAACAGAGUGCUUCUCAACUUCAAUACGUCCAGCUCAAGUGUUGCCACAAGGACGUACAACAAGGGCAUUGACAAGCCACGCUCAGCCCAGCUUUCCUCCAUGCUCAACCUUCUGACUCAGGCCAACUAUAUUACGAUCGAUGAGUGGGCGUCCUGGGUGCCAGCCGCUGCCUCCACCUCUGCUCUUUCCAUAAAGGGCGCCAUCUCUCUCGAUCCAGCACCAAGUAAGAAUGUGCAGUAUAUCUCUCUUGGCAUCCGUUCACUGUCUGCUGAGUCCGGGCAGAACGAGCUCUACGACGUGGUGAAUCGACUGUUUGCUCUUUCUAGCUUUGGUACUGUCGAGGACGGUGUGGAUGUUGACGAUCUGGAAACUGUGCGUCGUCAAGCAGACAAGCGAUUCAAGAACGGGGAGUAUACCAAUUGGCAGCUGAAAUCGCGGAAGGAUGUCGAUAGGUAUCCCAUGUUCCACCUGCGAAUCUCACUCAACAGUGAUCAUGCAGCGAGGCUCUCAGAAGAUCGGCUCACAAGGGAUGAAACCAACUUGCAGGCUGCUAUCGAGGUCUUGAGUGCUAUGGUCACGCAGUGGCUAUCUGUCCAUCAUUUUCAGCCGAAACUGUCCCGCAAGAGCCGCAACCAGCCCAGCCAUGCGUCUCCCGCUCCGAGUGAGUCUGUCCAAGGCGGCAGCCUGUUGCUACCAGAAGAUCAAGUUGCCCCAACAGCUCGAACAGGAGCGCGAAGUUCCACCCGCUCAGCAACGGCCAUACCUAAGUCUACGACUUCAGCUACUUGCAAAUGGAAGCGACCCACCUCGGUCACAUCACGAGAGCCAUCUGAAAAGCGUCAAAAUGGGGCCUUUGCCGAGUGGUCGCGGAUUAAGAGUGCAAAUUCGAGUUUCUUCAGUAACCUUCCCACUCUGUCGAAGUCAACUAUUGGAAGAGGUGCAGCAACACAACUGGACUGUGAAGAUGUAGAUCGGAGUCCAGCCUUCCCAACAAGACCCGAAGGCUUCUCCAAUUUCGAGGUUGAGCCAGUACCUAGAGGUGCGUUCAAUGCGUGUUCACUCGGCGAGGAGCCGUCUGAGGCAGCGAUUGGGCCCUGUGCCGACGAUGACGAACCGGAUGAUGCCAUUUUGUGGGCUGACCCUUCGACUAAACAAACGUAUACAUUGAAUGCACGUACAGGCUGUGUCAUGCCAGAUGCUCGCGCGAGACCGAAAACCCACUCCGCUACAUCGACACUUGGGAUCACGCAGAAGCUCAACACUUCAAUUCGGCUCACAUCAAGACCCGCAACAGCGCUCGCUAAGAAGACACCGUGGCUGGAUAGUGUGCUGCAAACAUGGGAUAAUCCGAUAUUCAUACCUAGCGAGCAACGCAUUCAACAGGUCAGCCUCGAGAGAAAUGGCUUUGAAGGGGCAAGCCAUCAAUGCUCUCACCUUGACAUGGAUAAAGCAGCCACAACGACUGGUGCAAGUCGUCUAUCGAAGCAGGGUCUACAAGAAGCCGAGGUCAUCGCACAGGUAGACGACAAGUUCAUCCUCAUUAAAAUGCAGGGCGCGUCUACUUCCAGUCCAGGGCAAAAGCCAAACGGUGGUGAGCUCUUGGUCCUAGUAGACCAACACGCCGCAGAUGAACGCGUCCAAGUCGAAUCUCUAUUAAGAGAACUCUGCACUCCUUUAACCGAAACCAGCGUGCGCUCAAGCUACCAAUCCAAACUCGGCCACAGAGCGCAAGUCGCAUCCGUAACACUCGCGAGAUCGAUACAGUUCACUAUAUCUCCUCAAGAACGCAUGCACUUCGAAACCCACGCCGCACGCUUCGCAGCAUGGGGCAUCCUCUAUGACGUGGUCAAAUCGCCCUCGUCCUCAACCACGACACGACCUGGCACUUCAGACAAGACUCAGUCUCUCUUGUCGGUGACAACGCUCCCGCCAGGUAUCUCCGAGCGCUGCAAAUCCGACCCGCAAGUCCUAUUCUCUUUCCUUCGCUCCAGCGUAUGGACGUACGCUGAUGAUCCGCAUCUCUCUCUGUCCUCCACGGAGAAUGCCGAUGCCUCAGAUUGGGUCAGACGUUUAGCUACGUGCCCACAAGGCCUCAUAGGGCUCAUCAACUCGCGCGCCUGUCGUUCAGCGAUCAUGUUCAACGACAAACUCGGUCUUGACCAGUGUGAACUCUUGCUUAAGGAGUUGUCGCGUUGCGUUUUCCCCUUCAUGUGUGCGCAUGGACGGCCGAGUAUGGUGCCGCUUCUGGAUUUGGGUAGCAUUGGUCAUGUGGUACAUGGAUUGGGUGGUGAAGGCGGGGCUGAGAGGGACAGGAAGAGCUUUGUCGAGGCUUGGAAGACGUGGCGGAGGAAGGACUGAUGUAUGUUUAUUAUGUUCCAACACUAUUUACCCAGAAUGGAAUAUCACACAAGUGCCGUAUAGAUAGCUCUUAUUCCCCAUCUACAAUCAUGAUUCUAGUAGUAUCGCAAUCUUCCGACGACGUCCGCUUCUGUCCCUCGUGGCUCUCCAGUGUUUCAAUGUAUUGGCUUUCAAUAUCCGGAAAGAUGGUUAAUAGCCACAUCGCAAUAAGCUUCGCAAGCAACC